AUGGAGACACAGCGGAUAAUGGAGUUUCCUCACAAGAAUAUGGAUAAGCGGCCCAGAAAGAGGCCUCGAUUAGCAUGGGACAUGCCCCCUCCUCUUCCUCCUCCUGAGCUGUUCCCAGCAAUUUACUGCGGGCAGGAGUUUGGGAAUGGGCCAAUCCCCAAUUACACCUAUACGUCUAUGUUUUAUGGGGGGUUGCCACGCAAUGCUUCCCCUCCGUGGAGACCUGAUGAUAAAGAUGGUCAUUACGUGUUCGGCAUCGGAGAAAAUUUAACCCCUCGAUACAGAAUUCUCAGCAAAAUGGGAGAGGGAACUUUUGGGCAAGUGUUAGAGUGUAUUGACAAUGAAAAGAAAGAAGUUGUGGCAAUCAAAAUUGUCCGCUCCAUACAUAAGUAUCGUGAAGCUGCGAUGAUUGAAAUUGAUGUCCUACAAAGGCUUGGAAGGCAUGAUAUUGGUGGCACUCGUUGUGUGCAAAUACGGAAUUGGUUUGACUAUCGUAAUCAUAUUUGUAUUGUAUUUGAGAAGCUUGGACCUAGCUUAUACGAUUUUCUUCGCAAAAACAGCUACCGUUCAUUUCCCAUUGAUCUUGUUCGGGAGCUUGGCAGACAACUUUUGGAGUCUGUAGCAUUUAUGCAUGAUUUACGCCUUAUACAUACUGAUCUGAAGCCAGAAAAUAUUCUGCUUGUUUCAUCUGACUACAUCAAAGUGCCAGACUAUAAGUUUCUCUCACGGUCGACUAAAGAGGGUUCCUAUUUCAAGAAUCUGCCCAAGUCAAGUGCCAUUAAGCUCAUUGAUUUUGGGAGUACAACAUUUGAACAUCAGGAUCACAGCUAUGUGGUGUCAACACGCCAUUAUCGUGCACCGGAGGUUAUUUUGGGUCUUGGAUGGAACUAUCCUUGUGAUAUCUGGAGUGUGGGUUGCAUACUUGUUGAACUUUGCUCUGGUGAGGCCCUAUUUCAAACGCAUGAGAACUUGGAGCAUCUUGCCAUGAUGGAGAGGGUUUUGGGGCCACUACCACAGCAUAUGGUGCUCAGAGCUGAUCGUCGUGCUGACAAAUAUUUUAGAAGGGGAGCACGACUGGAUUGGCCUGAUGGAGCAACUUCUAGAGAAAGCAUGAGGGCAGUUUGCAAAUUGCCCCGGUUACCGAACCUAAUAAUGCAGCAUGUGGACCAUUCUGCUGGAGAUUUGAUUGAACUCUUGCAAGGGCUCCUAAGAUACGAGCCAGCGGAGCGUCUCAAGGCAAGGGAAGCACUAAGACAUCCCUUUUUCACUAGAGAUAUGAGAAGGGGUGGCUACCCCUUGUAA